AUGGGAGUGACUAACCUGUGGCAAAUCCUUGAGCCUGUGAGACAGCCUGUCAACUUGAGCAGUCUCAAAGGAAAAACGCUUGCUGUUGAUUUAAGUCUGUGGGUUUGUGAAGCACAGACCGUUAAAAAGAUGAUUGGAGUAGUUACCAAGCCACAUCUGAGAAACCUAUUUUUUCGGUUCUCUUUCUUAACAUCAAUGGGAAUUAAACUAGUGUUUGUCAUGGAAGGAGAGGCCCCCAAGUUGAAAGCAGACACCAUGAGUAAGAGGAACGAGAUGCGCUAUGGACCUUCAAAGAAAGCUGGAGCUGCAAGAACAGGGAGAUCUUUAUUUAAAGCCAUUUUAAAAGAGUGUCUCGAACUACUGGAGUGUUUAGGUGUCCCUUGGGUUCAAGCAGCCGGGGAAGCAGAGGCAAUGUGUGCCUACCUAAAUGCAAAAGGACAUGUUGAUGGCUGCAUUACCAAUGAUGGAGAUGUCUUCUUAUAUGGAGCUCAAACAGUUUAUAGGAACUUUGCCAUGAAUGCUAAGGAUCCACUUCUUGACUGUUACACAAUGUCCUCUGUUAAGGAGAAGCUUGGUUGUGACAGAGAGUCUUUGAUUGGGCUAGCUGUUCUUCUGGGUUGUGAUUAUCUUCCGAAAGGCGUGCCAGGAGUUGGGAAAGAACAAGCUUUAAAGUUAAUUGAGGCUUUACGAGGUCAAAACUUAUUGCAAAGGUUUGAGCAAUGGAAAGAACAAUUUCAGUGUGAUGAUAAUAAUCCACCUUUGGUUAUUAAGAGGGUAACUCACUGUUCUGAGUGCCAUCAUCCAGGAUCUUACAAGGAACAUGAACACAGUGGAUGUAAAUUCUGUGAAAGCACUAGAUACUGCAAACCCAGUGACUCCAAAUGCUGCUGCCCUUGUGAAUGGCAUCAGUUAGAGCGAGUGAAGCAAGCAAGUGCAGUGGAGGACAAUAUCAGAAAAAAAGCUAACAAUUGUGAGGGCUUUCCAUUCUCUGAGGUUAUCCAAGAAUUUCUUGUAAACAAGAAUAAAUUAGUCAAGAUAAAGGAAUGCCAAAGGCCGAAUUUAUUGUCCUUUCAGAUAUUUGCUUCUGAGAAGAUGGAAUGGACCAAACAUUACGCUUGUAAGAAACUGUUAGCAUUAUUGACGUGUUAUGAUAUGAUCCAGAGAAAAUCUGGAUACAUUGAUUCAAAACAACUGCAGGCAACACGGAUAGUCAAGACACGUGUUAAAAAUGGAAUUCCUUGUUUUGAAAUUGAGUGGCAAAAACCAG